AUGGGGACAGUCGCCCUGGGUCCCUGCUGGGCAGUGCUCCUGCUCCCUCUCUUGGUGCUUGGGGUCCCCACUGAGGAGUCCACCUUUGGAGAAUCUGUGACCUCCAACCCCCCUGGGGGUUGCCGACGGUGCUGUGACUCCACGGACCCCCUAGCCCCUGCUGAUGCUGCAGGUGUGCCAGCAGCCUCUCCAUCCGCCCUCCCAUAUGUCCUGCCUGAGGUCAGGCCCUAUAUUAACAUCACCAUCCUGAAGGGUGACAAAGGGGACCGUGGCUUGCUGGGCAUGCCAGGGAAGCUGGGCAAGGAGGGUCCCCGGGGAGACCGUGGCCCACAGGGCGCCAAGGGCACCAAGGGGCAGGCGGGCAGCCCCGGCAGCCCAUGCCAGACACGCUUCUCGGCCUUCUCAGUGGGCCGAAAGACGGCCCUGCACAGCAGCGAGGGCUUCCAGCCACUGCUCUUCGACACAGUCUUUGUGAACCCAGACGGGCACUUCGACCUGGCCGCCGGCCACUUUGCCGCCCCGCUGCGUGGCCUCUACUUCUUCAGCCUCAAUGUGCAUAGUUGGAACUUCAAGGAGACCUACGUGCACGUGGUGCACAACGAGGAGGCGGCCGUCAUCCUGUACGCGCAGCCCAGCGACCGCAGCAUCAUGCAGAGCCAGAGCGUGAUGCUGGCCCUGCUGCCCGGCGACCGUGUCUGGGUGCGGCUCUUCAAGCGUGAGCGCGAGAAUGCUGUCUAUAGUGACGAUGUCGACACCUACAUCACCUUCAGCGGCCAUCUCAUCAAGCCCGAGGACGAUUGA